AUGGUCAACAGCACCGCUGCCAUGUCUGAAACACAAACGAAGCCACCACGUCUUGUUGCUGAAAUCUUCGACAAUAAGUGGAGCAAAGCUAAGGAAAUGGGUGAAAAAGACGAUGCACCAUUUAUGCCCACCAAACCAAAUGUCUUUACCCGCACUGUAACGGAAGAAACUUUGGAAGAAAGUCCCGUGAAAAAGUCCGAAAGCGACAUUACCGAUGAUGAUGUGAUGCUGGACUAUGCUGAUUCCCGUACGGAAGAAGAAGAAGAAGAAGAUAAUUACCAUGCUGCUGGAGAACAACAGCAUGCCCAUCCAUCCUUGGAUGCUCUAUUGUUGAUGGAUGUGGAUAAUGAUCGUCGUCGGAUCCAUCCCAACGGAGAAGUCGUUCGCAUUGACAAUGAGUGGUUGGACAUGGAGAUGCUCAUCAUGUUGAGAACCCCCGAUGUGGAUGUGGAUGAUGAUGACGACAACGAUUACGACGAAUCCGGCACCGUGGACAAAGUCACUCCUCGAAAUCAAAUGCUCUCCAAACAUUUCAAGGGAAAACAACGAAGAUUUGAAUUCCAAUAUCAAGGCAAGCUAAAGAAGAAACCAGACGACAAAAGUUUUUGUUUUUGCAUGGAACUAGCAGAAUUGCCCAAACUGAACUUUCUACAAAAAGCCUUGGUGACCACCUGCAUGAUGUUCAUGAAGAAGAUGAGUCCAUCCUUUCAUUUUAAUAUGUCAUCCAGUGGCAUCAGCGACAAUGACAAGACAAAUGGAACCUACGAAACUCCCCACAUGGCCUUUGAAGUAGACAAAGUCUUGGAUCGACUGGCCAUAACCAAGCCAGGAGAGACACCUCCAGUGCUUGGCGAAGGGAUACCGGAAGAUCCCGAGCGCACAAAAGCAAGACGACAGGGCAAAUAUCAGGUCGAUUGGAAUACCAACGACACAUAUACCAUGGCGAUUUGGAGUCAUUAUAUUGAUUGGAUCGAAUGGGAAGUCGUCCACAUACCGGGAGUCAAACAUUUUUCACUGAAUAAGGUUCUCGGGGAUCAAAGUAUCUUUAUGCAACUGUAUCUCGUGGAUAAGAAUCGUAAAGAGAAGAACAAGCAUUAUCAAAAGGAUAUUCAACAUGUGGUAAACUUGGAAUUCAAAGAGAAUCCAGAUUUUGUUCGAUUGCUGGACAAGAAGAAGAGGGAUAAGAUCAAGAAGUCCAAAAAGUAG